AUGACUGUUCUUGUCGCGUUGUCUAUCACUUUCUUUUCUAGCACGGUCUAUACCCUCCCCGCAAUCGAUAUAGGUCCUCUUGCCAACCCUCAGAUUGAGAAUACUUUCACCCCAGCCGCAACGCUGAAUGGACGUGGCACAAAAGGAUAUCUAACGUGGGAAAGUGAAGUUGUUGCAUAUGAAAACUGCUGUCAAUACACUGAUCAAGAAGGUGAAACUGCUUUUGCAAUUAACUUGGCCGGAGUGAGUUGUAUUAUUCCUGACGAGAUUUUGGGGGGUAACAACGACCCUACACCAAACGUGGUUGAAACUCUUACCCAAGACGAUUGCGCACCAGGUUUAGUGAAGAAGAUUGAAGAAAAUGGAGGCACGAUUUAUGCCAAAACUUGGACGUGUGUACCAUCUUAUGGUGCACCAGGGGAUACCCUAUGUUUUGUUUUACUUGAAAAAAGGAGACUACAAUACGGUAGCAACGGCGCUUACGGCGCUUUCUCAUGA